AGGCCCACAGGGGAUGGAAAAAAAAUACGGAGUAUUAAGUUAGGGCAAGUUUCAGACGACACAAUCUGCUUCGACACUCCGCAGGACGCAGCCUCCGUAUCGCCUCAGGUGACAAGGACACUCUUCUUAGGAUCUCGUGAUGUUAUUUGCCUUGAACUUGAAUCAAAUCAUUGCAUAUUGAGGGCCUCACAUUUGAAAGUUUGCCUAGGGCCUCUCAAAAUAUUUGGAAUCUCAGGGCCGGCCCUGUAUCAACCCUCCCCUUCACUUUCCUUCCUUUUCCUCCCAUUUUUGGGAGGAUAAGCAAAACACUGUUCAGGCCUUGUGUUAACCCUCCAAACCCUUCCCUUUCCUUCUUCCCUUUCCUUCCAAUAAUUUUUGCCAAACACAAAUUUUUAAUCCCCCUCCAUCACCUUCCCUUCCCUUUCCUCCCUUUUCCAUUGCACCAAACUGACCCUUAAAGAAGUAAUUGAAGCAAUGGAAAAACAUCUUCUAGAGAGUGUACGCUCGGUGGUUUUCAAAGAAUCAGAGACUCUGGAAGGCUCUUGUCUUAAGAUCGAGGGCUAUGAUUUCAACCGAGGGGUGAACUAUUCUGAACUUCUCAGGUCCAUGGUCUCUACUGGUUUUCAAGCCUCCAAACUCGGAGAGGCCAUUGACAUCGUUAAUCAAAUGUUAGAGUGGAGCCUUGCUGAUGAGUGUGUGACGGAAGAUUGUAGCGAGGAGGAGAGAGACCCGGCAUAUAGAGAGUCCGUGAAGUGCAAGGUUUUUCUGGGUUUUACUUCCAAUCUCAUAUCGUCUGGUGUUCGAGACACGGUUCGCUAUCUUGUUCAGCAUCACAUGGUUGAUGUGGUGGUUACAACAGCUGGUGGUGUAGAAGAAGAUCUUAUAAAAUGUCUUGCUCCCACAUAUAAAGGUGAUUUUACUCUGCCUGGAGCUCAUUUACGGUCAAAAGGAUUGAACCGCAUUGGUAACUUGUUGGUUCCCAAUGACAACUAUUGCAAAUUUGAGGACUGGAUCAUUCCAAUUUUUGACCAGAUGUUGGAAGAGCAGACUGUAAAGAAUGUAUUAUGGACGCCAUCUAAAUUAAUUGCUCGAUUGGGGAAAGAAAUAAAUAACGAGAGUUCAUACCUUUAUUGGGCAUACAAGAACAAUAUUCCAGUCUUCUGUCCUGGCUUGACAGAUGGCUCACUGGGGGACAUGUUAUACUUCCAUUCUUUCCGCAACCCUGGUUUGAUCGUUGAUAUAGUGCAAGAUAUUAGGGCCAUGAAUGGUGAAGCUGUCCAUGCAAAUCCCGGGAAGACAGGGAUGAUAAUUCUAGGUGGGGGUCUGCCCAAGCAUCACAUUUGCAAUGCAAAUAUGAUGCGUAAUGGAGCAGAUUAUGGUGUCUUCAUCAACACGGCUCAGGAGUAUGACGGGAGUGAUUCUGGUGCCUGUCCUGAUGAAGCUGUAUCGUGGGGAAAAAUCCGAGGUUCUGCCAAGACUGUUAAGGUACACUGUGAUGCAACUAUCGCCUUCCCUCUGCUAGUUGCAGAAUCUUUUGCCGCGAGGGGGAAGAAAUCUGCCAAGACCAAGUCCUAAUACAAAUUUUGGGAAGAUGCACGGUUUAUAUUUGCCAAUUAACCUUUAUGUAGCCCUGAAGCGAUUUAAAAUUUAUACUUGGGACUUUUCCACAGCCCAAAAGGAUGUAUCCACAACCCUCCACAUACCCUUGGAGGUAUGGGGAAUUUGGAUACAGCUACAAAUGCUUAAGAAAGAUAGCUUUUCCAAUGCUUGCCCCAUAUUAUUGUGAGGUAGCUCUAGUUUAGGAAGCCAAGGCAUUUUUGGGGAGACAUUAUUAUUAUUGGGUCAGCAUUGAGGUCUUUCGACAUAUCAAUUUUCUUGGAAUAAGAAAGCUGUGCAUUUGGAUUCCUCUAAUGAGAUUAUUUGUUUUGCGUGUGUA